AGCUUAUGAUUUAAUCUGGAACCUCUAAUUUCUUUCCCAUCAAUUAUACGUCAAAGUCAGAGUUUCCCCAUUCAAAAUCAAUAACUAUUGUUCACGCGCAUUAAGUACGAAAAUGGCGGACCUGGAUAACCUGGAAUAUUACAUAAAAUUCCCAAAUCCGAAUUUUAACUACAAUCAAAACGGUGACCAUGAUUUCGUGUUCAUAGUGAACGAGGAGAAAAUACCAGUGAUCCUAUUAUUCGGUUGGGCAGGAUGUCAGGACAAAUAUUUAGCGAAAUAUUCGCAAAUCUACGAGGAGAAGGGACUCAUCACUUUGAGGUACACGGCUCCUAUAAAAUGCUUGUUUCUAAGAAGGUAUCAAAUGAUAUCGAUAGGAGAAAAACUAGUCAAACUAUUGUUUGAUUUGAACUUUGACAACCAUCCGAUAAUUAUCCAUUGUUUUUCCAAUGGCGGGGCAUUUUUGUACCAAAACUUCUCUUUAGCAUUGGAUAAAUGUCCAAAACAGUUGCCGAUAAAAGGUGUAAUAUUUGACUCAGCCCCUGGACGAAGGAGAAUCCUCAGUUUAUUUAGAGCAAUAUCUGCUAUAAUAGGAGGCAAUAAAAUUUAUAACUUCUCUGUCUCGUUCAUAAUGACAAUGUUUUUAUCGAUGAUAUGGUUAUAUGAGGUAAUUAGUAAUACAAUCUCUCCGAGACCAAGCUUUCAAUCAAACCCAUUAGAAAAUUUGAAAAACGAGAAGCACCGAUGGCCGCAGUGUUUUAUUUACUCCAAAAAUGACGACUUGAUUUACUACAAAGAUAUCGAAUACUUCUCUAAUUACAGGAAAAAUAUGGGAAUUGAUAUAACCAGCGUCUGUUAUGACAAGAGCUUACAUGUUAAACAUCUCGCUGAAAAUAGGGAUAGCUAUCUUAAAACUGUAUACAACUUUAUCAAUAAAUGCCUAAAUGGAAAUAACUAGAUGUAGGUUUUAAAAUAAAGACUAUAAUUUUUGCUGUGUUACUUAUCAGACUAACAGUAUUACAUGAGCCAUCAUUGAUAAUGAAGAAAGAUAUUAUUUUAAAAAGAGAUUAGUAUUUGAAAUAUAAAGUUUUAAAAUAAUCUGUAAUGAUUAUUUUAAUUAGUAUAUUAGCAUAAUCUUAUACUGUAAGAUGAAAAGUGAUAAUUUAAUGAAGAUUUUAUAGAAAGCUCGCCUAUGUUUGACCAUCAGGUGUGACUUAUACCCAGUAUCUUUCAUCCUUUUUAUGUCUUUCUCUAUAUUGUUAUAGUUUUCGAUGCUGCUUACGUUUCA